AUGAAAGAAGAGCGUGUUGCAAAUAUUAUUAAUCAGCUAUUAUCCUUGGUUAAAUAUAUUCAUUACAAAGGUUUUGGACUUAUAAAUAUAAAUCCAUCAACUGUUUACAUUUCAUCAUCAGACAAUGUUACAGUUGCAGACUACUCAUUUUCAGCAUCGGUUGGUUGCAAUGACCGUGUUAAGAAUAUCCCAGAACAUUUCGAAAAUCUGCCUCCGGAGUAUUACAAGACAGGGUCAUAUAUUGCAUCUCAAGCAGAUAUAUGGUCUAUAGGACUCCUUACAUUUACAUUACUAACUGGAAAUCAUCCAUUCUUAGGUAAUACUCCGUCAUACGAUCAUACCGAAUACUCUUUGAAGAAUGCUCUCAGCCAACCUGUUAGAGUCCCAUCAUACAUCAAUACCAUGCCAUCCAAUUUCAUCCAGAGGCUAUUAGAACUUGAGCCUACAAGAAGGUUUUCUAUUGAUCAAUGCCAAUCACAUGCUUAG